AUGAAUGUGGGUGUCGGAACCGGCGGCGGUGACGUUGUCUCAUCACCUUCUAGCACCGUAUCACAGUGGUUCUUCACCGUAUCACAGCGGUACCAGCACCUUCUUGAUAAGUCAACGCCGCACGUCCUCCACCGUUGGAUCUUCUUCUCCGUGGUAACUUUAAUCUAUACCGUACGCGUGUACUUUGUGGAAGGAUUCUACAUCAUCACGUACGGACUAGGAAUCUAUAUCCUUCAGCUCCUCAUAGCUUUCCUUUCCCCUCAAGUCGAUCCUGAAAUAGCUGAUGGUCCUUCCCUCCCCACUCGCGGUUCCGAUGAGUUUCGACCCUUCGUUCGUCGCCUUCCUGAGUUUAAAUUCUGGUAUUCGCUAACAAAAGCCUUCUGCAUCGGUUUUGUGCUGACAUUCUUCAGUGCAUUUGACGUACCUGUAUUUUGGCCAAUUUUGUUAUUCUAUUGGUUGGUACUGUUGAUUUCGACAAUGAAGAGGCAGAUAAUGCACAUGAUCAAAUAUAGAUAUGUCCCCUUCACAUUUGGCAAGCAGCGUUACAGUGGGAAGAAAGCAACAGUCAUUGAUGAAGCAGAUGUCUCCAGGCCUUGA